AUGGGGAACAAUAUUUUGUACAAUGGUGACAAUGGUGAAGAUCAUGGUGACAAUGAUGAUGGUGACAAUGGUGAUGGUGAUAAUGGGGAUGAUGGCAGUGAUGGUAGCAAUAGCAGUAGUGGUGAGGAUGGAAGUGGUUAUAACAAUGACAGCAAUGAUGGUGCUGAUGCUGGUGGAAGUGAUGGCAAUGAUUUGGGUGCCAGCGAUGAUAGUGGUGAUGGUAGCAAUAGUGAUUUCAAUGAAGAUGAGAUAGAACUGGAGAUGGAAAAGUGUAUCUUGAAAGUACGUGAUGCAAAAUAAACUAUGGUUGGUCACAGGAAGAGACAUUAAGCCAAUUACGUAAUUUGUAUGAAUUUACCGAAGAUAAUCACAUACCACACAAGACAUGGUACAUGGUAAUGAUGUUCUUAAGGAAACUGGGAUUUAAAGACCCAAAAUACUACCAAGUCUGCUGUGGAACAGAUCAUGUAACAGUUGUUUUGGAAGACAAAUGCCCUAAUUGUGACAAGAUAAGAGAUAAAUGUACUGACUAUUAUGUUCUUGGCUUAAAUGUAGACUCGAUUGCAAGUAAAUUAAAUGACCACUUGGUGCAUUGGGAAGAACGGGAUGAAUGAUUUAACCUUGACAACAUCACCAUGCUUUAUAAGGAAAUGUGGCAUGGCUCACGAUUCUGUGAACUAUCCUUCUGGGAGUGUCAAAUUGAGAUUUUCACCACUUCAUCCCUUUCCACCAUCACACCUGGCAUUGACCAGUGGAUAUACAACAACGCAAUGAACUGCAUCACCUGGAUCGCUGAAGAAAUAAAUACUCAUCUCAGCUUGAUACCUUCUGAGGAGCGCUGAUACGAAGAAGAGGACACUUUGAACAGUGUUGUACCACCCCUUGAUAUCGUCAUCCAGUGGGAGAGAGGCAACAUUGUAGAGAUAAGCGAGGCAGAUCUCGAUCCGCAGCAAACUGCUUAUGCCAAUACGCCAUUGAUAGACGAGACCAUACUUUGGGCUUUAUCACGGAAGCAAAAACGAGACGUGUAGCCAGGAAACGCUGACAUAAAUGCCAAAUUGAUUCCAACAAAAGUUCAUGUGAGGAGGACGAUCCUUCAAAUGUUUUCACAUUUCUCGACCGUGAAAAAAAACAUCUGCUCGCAGACGUCACAAACACAGGCAAUACCACCAGCUAACAACGAACCCCAAAUGUAUAAUGAAAUGAACAAGUGCUCCCAGACAUCUGAAGAACGGCCGUUACUAUGUCAAGGCGAGAUCAUUCCACCAGCUAACAUCGAACCGACAUGUACUGAAUUGGCCCAAUCCCCUGUUGAAGUUCACGUCCCACCAGCUGACAACGCAUAG